AUGUGGGCCAUGGAGCCAGGUCAUCUCUUCUGCACUUUGCUGUUCAUUCCAAUUUUGUGGCCCCAACUGACUGAUGGGGCUAUUCGAGUCUACUACCUCGGCAUCCAGGAUGUGCAAUGGAAUUAUGCUCCCAAGGGAAGAAACGUCAUCACGAACCAGCCUCUGGACAGUGAUAUAGUAGCUUCCAGCUUCCUAAAGUCUGACAAGAACCGGAUAGGGAGCAGCUACAAGAAGACCAUCUACAAGGAAUAUAGAGAUGGUUCAUACAUGCAAGAAAUAGCCAAGCCUGCUUGGCUGGGAUUCCUGGGGCCAGUGUUAUGGGCUGAGGUGGGUGAUGUCAUCAGUAUCCACCUGAAGAAUUUUGCCACUCGUCCCUACACCAUCCACCCCCAUGGUGUUUUCUAUGAAAAGGACUCAGAAGGCUCUCUAUACCCAGAUGGUACCUCUGGUCAUAUGAAAGCUGAUGACUCUGUUCAGCCUGGCGACAGUUACAUCUAUAACUGGACCAUUCCAGAAAGCCAUGCACCCACUGAUGCUGACCCAGCAUGCCUCACUUGGAUUUAUCAUUCUCAUGUAGAUGCUCCACGUGACAUUGCAACUGGCCUCAUUGGGCCUCUUGUCACCUGUAAAAGAGGAACCCUGGAUAAGAACAACCCUCCUCAGCGGCAGGAUGUGAACAGUGAUUUCUUCCUUCUUUUCAGUGUGGUUGAUGAAAACCUUAGCUGGCAUAUUGAUGAGAACAUUGCUACUUACUGUUCAGAUCCUUUUACAGUAGACAAAGAAGAUAAGGCCUUUCAGCAGAGUAAUAAGAUGCAUGCAAUCAAUGGUUUUGUCUUUGGGAACUUACCAGAAUUGAGCAUGUGUGAGCAGAAUCGUGUGGCCUGGCAUUUAUUUGGCAUGGGCAAUGAAGUAGAUGUCCACACAGCUUUCUUCCAUGGACAGAUGCUGAAUAUACGGGGUCACCACACUGAUGUGGUUAACCUCUUUCCAGCUACCUUUGUGACUGCUGAGAUGGUUCCCCAAGAGCCUGGUACCUGGUUAAUUAGCUGUCAAGUGAAUAGUCAUUUGCAAGAUGGCAUGCAAGCACUUUACAAGGUUAAAUCUUGUUCCAUGGUGCCACCUGUGAGUAGGCUCACAGGCAAAGUCCGGAAGUACUUCAUUGGAGCCCGUGAGAUUCAAUGGAACUAUGGUCCGAUGGGACAUGAUGGAAGUUCUAGGAAGAAUUUGAGGGAGCCAGGGAGUGUCUCAGAGAAGUUCUUUCAAAGGAGCUCCAGCCGAAUUGGAGGAACUUACUGGAAAGUCCGAUAUGAAUCCUUCCAAGAUGAGACAUUUCAGGAAAGGGUGCAGCUUGAAGAAGAUGAGCAUCUUGGAAUUUUGGGGCCAGUGAUCCGGGCUGAGGUGGGUGACACAAUCUCUGUGAUCUUCUACAACCGUGCCUCUCAGCCAUUCAGCAUACAGCCUCAUGGAGUCUUUUACAAGAAAGACUAUGAGGGAACUGUGUACAAUGAUGGCACAUCCCACCAUGGCUUGGUGGCCAAGCCCUUUGAGAAAGUGACAUACCACUGGACAGUACCACCACAUGCUGGCCCUACUGCUCAGGAUCCUGACUGUCUCACCUGGAUGUAUUUCUCUGCUGUGGAUCCCAUAAAAGAUACAAAUUCUGGUCUGGUGGGACCUCUUCUUGUGUGCAGGGCUGGUGCCUUGGGGUCAGAUGGAAAACAGAAAGGGGUGGAUAAAGAAUUCUUUCUCCUUUUCACUGUGUUGGAUGAGAACAAGAGCUGGUACAGCAGUAUCAAUCAAGCAACUGCUAUGUUGGAUUCCCUGCUUCUCUCAGAGGAUGUCGAGGGUUUCCAGGACUCGAAUCGGAUGCAUGCCAUUAAUGGGUUUCUGUUCUCUAACCUGCCAAGGCUGGACAUAUGUAAGGGUGACACGGUGGCCUGGCACCUGCUUGGCCUGGGCACAGAGACUGAUGUGCAUGGUGUCAUGUUCCAGGGCAAUACUGUGCAGCUUCAGGGCAUGAGGAAGAGCUCAGCCAUGCUCUUUCCUCAUACUUUUGCUAUGGCCAUUAUGCAGCCAGACAAUCCUGGGACAUUUGAGAUUUACUGCCAAGCAGGCAGUCAUAGAGAAGCAGGGAUGAGGGCAAUCUAUAAUGUUUCACAGUGUCCUAGACACAAAGCCACCCCUCAGGAACAUUACCAGGCUGCAAGAAUCUACUACAUCAUGGCAGAAGAGGUAGAGUGGGACUAUUGUCCUGAUAGGAGCUGGGAACUGGCAUGGCACAACCAGCCUCAGAAAGACAGUUAUGGUCACAUCUUUCUGAGCAACAAGGAUGGGCUCCUGGGUUCCAGAUACAAGAAGGCUGUAUUCAGGGAAUACACUGAUGGUACAUUCAGGAUUCCUGUACCAAGAGCUGGAGCAAAUAAACACUUGGGGAUCUUAGGUCCACUUCUUAGAGGAGAGGUUGGUGAUAUCUUAACUGUGGUCUUCAAGAAUAAUGCCAGCCGCCCUUACUCUGUGCAUGCCAAUGGAGUGCUAGAAUCUGAUAUUGGAUGGCCACUGGCAGCUCAACCUGGGGAAGUACUUACUUACCAAUGGAAAAUCCCAGAGAGAUCUGGCCCUGGACCAAAUGAUUCUGCUUGUGUUUCCUGGAUUUAUCAUUCUGCAGUGGACCCUAUCAAGGACCUGUAUAGUGGCCUAGUUGGACCUUUGGCCAUUUGUCAAAAGGGCAUUCUGAAACCUGAUGGCAGAAGAAGUGACAUGGACCGGGAAUUUGCCUUGUUGUUCUUGAUUUUUGAUGAGAACCAGUCUUGGUAUCUGGAAGAGAAUGUGGCAACCCAUGGACCACAGGAACCAGGCCGUGUCAACCUACAAGAUGAGACAUUCUUGGAAAGCAAUAAAAUGCAUGCAAUUAAUGGAAAGCUGUAUGCCAACCUCAAAGGUCUUACCAUGUACCAAGGAGAACGAGUGACAUGGUACAUGCUAGCCAUGGGUCAAGAUAUUGAUAUACACACUGUCCAUUUCCAUGCAGAGAGUUUCAUCUUUCAGAGUGGAGAAAGGUACCGUGCAGAUGUGGUAGAUCUGUUCCCAGGGACUUUUGAGGUUCUUGAGAUGGUGGCCAGCAAUCCUGGAACAUGGUUGAUGCACUGUCAUGUUACUGACCAUGUCCAUGCUGGCAUGGAGACCAUCUUUACUGUUUUGUCCCAAGGAGAAAAUGUAAGCACUAUCCCUACCAUAACCAAAGAGAUUGAAAAAGCAAUACCCAGAAAUAUUGAAAAAGGCAAUGUGAAUGUGCUAGGCCUGCAGAUCCCUGUGAAGGAUGUUGAGAUGCUGGCUUCUGUUUUGAUUGCCAUGGGCAUCGUUCUGCUUCUCAUUGCUGUGGCUCUUGGUGGUGUGGUCUGGUACCAGCAUCGACAGAGGAAACUGAGGCGUAACAGAAGGUCCAUCCUAGAUGACAGCUUCAAACUUUUAUCCCUGAAGAAGUAACAGCUGGAUCCUGGAACUACCCAUCUGGAAUGAACUCCUGGCAGGCCAUGUAUCAGCAACUGGCCCAACUGUUAAAAGGCAGGGGUGAUUGAGGCAGAGGGGACA